GCCGCCAGCCCAGGAGAGCAGCAAAGGCGCUGAUAGCUUCGAACUCCGCGUGCAGGGGGAGCCCAGGCAAAGCUGCCACACAACCGCACUGCCCAGCAGCGACUGGACUGAGAGGGGGCGGCGCAAGGAGAAGCGGCUCAAAGACCGUUUAAAAAGAAACCUAAAGAAGAAGAACAGCCCCCACCCCACCAACAAGCCAGCCCUCCCCUCCCCAGUGGAGAGCAGCUUUGGGCCAGCAGCGGCACCAGCAUCAUGUCUGUGUGGCUCAGCUUCCUCCUCGUGCUCCUCUGCAGCUGGAGCCUGAGCGACUUGGUGGCGGAGGCUUGUACCUGCCUCCCCAUCCACCCCCAGGAUGCUUUCUGCAACUCUGACAUCGUCAUUCGAGCCAAAGUGGUGGGGAAGAAGCUCAUGAAAGAUGGACCUUUUGGAACGAUGCGAUACACCGUCAAGCAGAUGAAGAUGUACAGGGGCUUUGACAAGAUGCCACAAGUUCAAUAUAUCUACACAGAAGCCUCAGAGAGUCUUUGUGGGGUCAAGCUAGAGGUCAAUAAGUACCAGUAUCUGAUUACAGGCCGUGUGUAUGAAGGAAAGGUUUAUACUGGCCUGUGUAACUUGUAUGAGAAAUGGGACCGACUGACUCUAUCCCAGCGCAAAGGACUAAAUCAUCGUUACCACCUCGGUUGUGGCUGCAAGAUUAAGCCCUGCUACUACCUGCCCUGCUUCGUGACCUCCAAGAACGAGUGUCUUUGGACAGACAUGCUCUCCAAUAUCGGCCAUUCAGGGUCCCAAGCAAAGCACUAUGCCUGCAUCCGACAGAAGGAAGGAUACUGCAGCUGGUACAGAGGAUGGGCGCCUCCUGAUAAAACUAUCAUCAAUGCCACAGAUCCCUGAGCACAGUCCCUUCCCCAUUUCCUUUCCUCCCUCCCUUGUGGCUGAGCUUCUCUUGGACAAUAACUCCUACCAGAUCAUGAUGAUGACAAUGAAAUUAGUGCCUGUUUUUCUUGCAAAUUUUAGCACUUCGAACACUUAAAAAAAGAAAAAGUCUAUGCUGUCAUACUGAAUUUGUUUUUAAUCACCUUUUUCGAUUCUGAGAUCACCCAUUUCAGUCAGAUUAUAUUUGUCUGGGAACGUUCGUUUGCACACCGGAAAAAAAAUUAUGGAGCCCUUGCUCUCUCUAUGUAUCAUUAUCUAUAGCAAUAUAAUCUAUAUUUUUUUAGGAAAACAAAAAUAUAAAAACUAUCCCAGUUGGGCACUAUAUCCUUCUUCCUUGCCCUGGCUUCCCCAAACCCUCUUCGCACACACACUGCACAAAUUAUGCAGAUUUAAGCUAUUUGAAGGGGAAACUGGUUUAAUUAACUAGAUCAGUAAAUAAAGCAAAAAAACCCCAAACAAACCCCUAUUCAAAUGGGGAAUUGGACGUGUGAUUGGCUCCAGAAGUGGGAGAACUCGGUUGGUGUUAAGACACUGCAUUGUCUGGUAAAAGCACCAGGGACUGAAUGUCCUCCUUGCUUAUUCAGUCACAGUGUGAAGGAUAGAGCACACUGGAAGUUCUGGGGUUCCAUAGAACACGAAGAGAGGUUUAUUAUUAUCGUGAGGUUUUUGAAAUAAAACCUGCAUCCUGGGAGGUAAUUCACCUAAGUAAGUACAAUACAGCAGGUGAAAUGCUGAGUUUCUCUCUUUUAAACAGAGUUGCUCUUGAAAUUUUUGCAGUUUAGCUCCCACAGAAAAAUUCCAUUGUGAACAUCAUAAACCAAACAAAUGAAAAUUAUCAACUCUAAAAAUAAAUCAGUCAAUCCCACGGCGAGGGGGAAAGGGGAGACUCACUAGGGUUUAUUGCUAUAAGAAAUCUAUUGCCAAAAUAGUGUUUAGCUGAAGUAAGAUGUAUAUACACGUAAUGACAUAAGCUAUUUUUGACAGGACGUGGAAUUAUUUGGUGUUAUAAACAAUGAAUGCUUUGAUUGUGUUUUAAAAGAAAUCUUGACAUUCCGAGUCAGUGAUUUAUUUUUGGUAAAAGAUAUUGAAACUCCAGUGUACCUGCAGUAGAGGUUAGAAUCACUGUUUCGUGCCCCACCCUGCCCCCAACCACCAUGACUUACCUCCUACAGCUACACUGGCUGCAAUUGUAUAUGUAGUGAAAGCAAAAGCUGGUGGAGGGAGGCAAGGAAAAGCAACAUCCUGACAGGCACUUCCUAGAACUUUACAUUUGAGCUGUCCAAUGGAUUCCAAGUGGGUCAAGUGCUCUGUUUCCCCCAAGCUGUUGUUAACGUAGCUGUGGGCACAUUCUUAUUCCACGUCCUGAAGUGAGAUGGGGGAAAGGGAUGGUCCUGGCUUCACUGUCGACUGGAGGAUUUUUUGGUUCUGUUUUGUUUUUAUUAAGAAAACUAUAAUAUAAAUUUUCUUAUUAAAUAAAAAUAUUUUAAGGUUUAAUGUUGAUGAGGAGGGGUUGCUGACAAAAUGGGUGACUGUAUAUUUUACUGAGUGUACGGGGGGAGGAGGGCAACACUUAACAACAUUAUUUGUUUUUGUUUUUUAUUAUUAUAAUUAUUUAUCUUACAUAGACAUGUAUCUUCAGUUCAUUCCACUUAGAGCUGCUGUCAGCAAGAAAAGGCAUUGCAGUCAUGCUAGACAGGGACAAUAUAGCAUUCUCUAUGCAGUGAUCUUUUCAAUUUGUUUGGGGCUUCUUCGCCAUUAUGAGAGGGGAAAGAGUGUAUUCUAGUCUUGGGAUUGAUGCAUCAAUCAUUUUGGGGCUUCUUUGACUUCAGGGGAGCUAUGCUGAUUUACACCAGUUGAGGAUCUGGCCCAUUUAAUAGAAGCCCCUUACAGCAGAAUGCAUGUGAUUAGCUUAAAUGGCAUUUUCAUAGAAUUAUUUGAUUAGAAGGGACCUUGGGUGGAAUAGUCAACAAUGCCUAAGUGGUUUAGGAGCACACAGCUCACUGAAAGUCAAUGGGACUUGUGCCCAGGCACACUUAAAAAUGCCACCCCUUGUUGCUAUCCUUAAAUUAUGGACCUGAUCAUCAAAGGGGGAGAUUAGGUUGCUUUUUAGGGUCAGGUGCUACAUCAUCCUGCUUCCCUUUUGAGCUGGGCAUCAUCAAGUUGGGCCGUGAGCACAGGGGACCAAUUUCUGCUCUGUUCCAUCUGUGCAACCGCAGUGCAGUCACAGGUGUCAGAGAGCAGAAUUUACCCCUGCAUUUCUAGCAAUGAUAAUGCCACCAGUGCACUUCACAACUUGUGGAGUGACCAUCACUAGAGCUAAUCAAGGCCUGACCCAACUACCAUUUGAUCAAAGGUGCUUUAGCAAUCAUUAAAUCAUUGAGCACAGCCAUUUCUCCGAGCUUUGGAAGGCGAGAUGAAGCUUGUCAUGCAAUGAGUUGUCAGACGUUGAUUUGGAUUUCUAUUAAACUGUGGCUCUGUAUUUUACCUGCUCACUGACUGUAUAAUUUAAAAUCAUAUAAAUAGCUGAAACAUUACAGUAUUGCAAUCACAUUAUUGUGAAAAUCUUUAUUUUGUUGCUACAAAGAUGUGUGUUCCUAAGUAGGCUGUAAUGUAUCUAUGCGCUUUGUAGAGAAACAAACAAAAACCCCAACCCUGCUACCAGCAGUGUUAUUUUCCUAACCAGAUUUCCAUUUUAUAUUGCAGAGGGUAAAAAUAUGUUUGACAUGCAGACAGCUAGACUGGUAAAGGCGGGGGCUUGGAAAGCAACCCUCUCCCUUGCCAAAUAAAGAUGCAGUCAUAGAGGCUUUUUAAAAUGUGGAACCAAAUAGAGGGAAAGAGUGAGGGGGAAGAAACCAGCACAAAAUACAUUUUUUUGGGGAGGCUUCCAGGUUUUUUUAAAUGAAUACUAUCAGGGACAGAUAUUUUGUGGACUAAGCUUGCCUUGGAAUCAAUAGGUGUCUUUCCAUGGACUUAAAUGGGCUUUGGGGUCAGGCACCUAAAUUUCUGCCUCUCUAUCUACUCUUCCCUUCCCUCACUGAAGAUCACUCCAGCCUGCCAAGGGACAACACCCUCCUGGAUUACAACAGGCCCUGCAGGAUGUAGGCACUCUGUCUGGAGGAGAGGAGUAAAGCUCCCGUCAGGGUGUUGUUUUCCCAGAUUAGCGGGGGUUGCCAUUGCCGUUGCACAAAUAUCUUGCUGCUUCCCCUUUGUUGCUAAGGUUGAAAUGUGGCCUCUAACAUCAGCACCAGCCAUACUCUGUGCUGAAAGGGAUGCUGUCAAUGGGACUACUUACAUCAGUGUCUGUACCAUCAGGGCCUUAGUUUUUAAACAAACACACUUUUGCUAGGUUUUAAAUAAAUCAAUAUUAUUAAAACUACAUUUUUACAAACCUAAUUCACUUUUCCAGACUAUUUUUGCAGUUUCCUAAUUUCCGUUUUGUUGCCUCUUCUCUGAGCUUGGACAACAGAUCUGUCAGUUUCACUUUCAAAUCCAAUUUCACUUUCCAAUUCUCAUCACAAGCACAGUACUGGAAUGUUCGGACUGCCAACUCUGCCUGGGGGCUCUUUGCUUCUUGAAAAAUGGUUUCCUUUUAAAAUUUGGAGUGGGGUGUUUUUUCUCCUUUUUCUUUAGGGAAAAGGGUGGAGGGGAGUUAUCUGUAUGUGGAAUUUCCUGUGCAGAGUCCCACUGAAGUUAAUAGGGCUCUGUGCAGACAGAGCAGUCCACCAACACAGUGUAAACUGCAGGAUCAGGGCCUAAUUUUGGUGUGCCAAACAUGACCCUCAUCUACACUUUGAGCUGGGGUGUAAUUCCCCACUCGAGUAGACAAACCCACUCUAGCUCUGAUUGGCAGUGCCAGUGGAGGGACAGGUUAGUCACUCCUAGUAUGUGUCUAGUGUCUCAGAGGGAUGCUACUUGGCAGCUAGCCCCUCCUGCCACUCUGGCUACACUCUGUUAUUAGCACAUUAGUACUUGCAACCCCAGGUCAAAGUGUAGACAUACCCUUAAUAUGUCUGACUCAUCAGCGUGGAUCUUCCACACUCACCAGUGGGGCAAAAUGCUACCUCAGGGUGCCCAUGAACACACCACUUUCCAGGAACUCUAAAGUGAAGGCACAAGGAAGAAAGAAGUUCCCAUUGUUUCACAGGACUUUCCAGGUAUAUUUCUUCAACAUUUUUCAGAAUAUUUUAAGUCUAUGAAUCCUUUGUAUUUUGGAAGGGAGGGACAAAAUUCAAAGGAUGGCGCAAACUUUUUAUUUUAUUUUAUUUAAUACAUAUAUAAAAAUGUAGGUCAAAGUUUUCUAUCCACCAAAUCUUGACAAAAUCCUUAAAAAAAACCCACUAAGCCUAUGUCGCUGCUUUUGUUGUAGUGGCUUUAUCAGUAUCUCAGUCACUCCCUUUUCUUCACUGAGCCCCUCUGCUGUUCCUGGUAGUCAGAGAAAUUUGGGGAAAGGAAAUGAAGCCUGGGAGAAAAUUUUCUCCCGAAGAAAUAUAUUUGUUGCUAAAUUCUGUAACACUGUUUUAUGGUUUUCCUCCAUGUUAUUUAUAAAUUUUAUACUCAAUGAAUGUAUAUUGUCUUUAAGGUAAUACUGCAUAAUGUUCAAUUUUUAUAGUGUCUUUUUCUUCUAAGCAGUAAAGUGGUUUUAUUUCUAUCACAGACA